UUUAGGAGAUCCACGGUUUAGAUUUCGUUGACUUGUUUGUUUUGCUUGUUUAUUCUGGAGGUUUUGGUUAGGUCCCCCUUCAUUGUCAUUCGCAUUUUUUUGACUUAAUAAAUUGGAGUGUGAGAGAGGUUGCUCCUCUGCUAUCACUCAUUGCAUCAAAAAAAAAAAAAACAAAGGAGAAAAAUCUAACCAAGAUUCUUUUACAGAGAGCUGACUAUGGCAAUGGAAUUGCAAGAAGGUUUCAUUGUAGCAGCAAGUUGCAUAGGCUUCAUCACUGUUUGUAAAGCUUUCAUCAGCUUUGUGAGAUGGGUAUGGGUCAUGUUUCUGAGAUCCCCAAAGAAUCUCAAGGACUAUGGCUCUUGGGCUAUCGUCACCGGCUCUGCUCAAGGAAUUGGCAAAGUGCUUGCCUUGGAGUUGGCUUCGAAGGGUCUAAACCUUGUCCUGAUUUAUAAAAACCAUUCAGCGCUCGAAGCUACCUCCAAUGAAAUACAUGAAGAAUUUGGUGGAAGAGUCGAGAUUAAGAACAUGGUGAUCGACUUGGCCAAAUUGAGCGGCGAGAAAAUAGCUAAUGCCAUAGAGGAAGGGAUAAGAGGACUAGAUGUUGGUGUUUUGAUUAACAAUGCAGGGAUAGGUUACCCUUAUGCCAGGUUUUUUCAUGAGGUUGAUUUGGAACUCAUGGAGAAUAUUAUUAAGGUGAACUUGGGAGCAGUAACUUGGGUGACUAGAGUAGUGCUUCCAGGAAUGCUCAAGAAGAAGAAAGGAGCAAUUCUCAAUAUUAGUUCCAAUUCAACUCAGCUCCCUUCUUUUCCUCUAUAUACUCUUUAUUCUACAACCAAGCGUGAGUACAUUUCCAUGUUCUCAAGAUGCAUUAGUUUGGAAUACAAGCAGCAGGGAAUUGACAUUCAGUGUCAGAUUCCUUUUUUCGUGGCAACGAGUUUGACAAAACAUUUGAGGGGACUUUCCUGGUUUAUGGCAUCACCAGAGAAAUUUAGCAAAGCAAGCGUUCGCUGGAUUGGUUAUGAGCCUGUGUGUAACCCCUACUGGUGGCACUCUGUGCAGUGGUUCAUAUUACGUGUGGCCUCACCGGAUGUGUUAUUGAAUGCCAUCAUUUACUGGAUCUGCAUUCGGGUCAGAAAGAGAGGCCAAAUGAAGGAGGCACAGAGCAAGAAGAUGCAUCAACAGGAAAAUGCAUUGUGAAGUGUACAAGUAUUUGAUCAUAUAUGUUUUACUGAGGUUGGCUUUAUCAUAAAGGAGUAUAAUGUAUCUCCCAUCUUCUUUUUCCUUUGGGUACAUUUUAGAUGAGAAAUUGAACUAAUGAAGAGCUAGCUACUGGAUUCAAUC